UAUAACAAUGACUCCAUGUCUGCAUCAGUGUUUCAUCUCAUCCACCACACUGAAAACAAUGGACAAUAUUUUUUGGAUAAAAAGUAUUAUAUAGACUUUGAUGAACAUUGGGAUUUGAUAUGUGUUUGUGUUUGAUGAACUCUUUGUCUAUUAUGCUUCAUUUGUUUGUUUUCUUCGCAGAUUUUCUGUUUCUGGUUUUAAUUCUGAAAUAGAUUAUGAAUUUGAAAUUAAAUCUUGCAGGAGAUAGUCAUACUCUGUCCACGGCAGACACUGCAGAGACUUGGUGUGUCCCCAAUCCAUCGUUGACCUAUAAGAAUCUGCAAGAGAUAGAAACCUUUGCUUGCAAUUAUGUGGAUUGCUCUUCAAUUCACAGUGGGGGUCCAUGCUUCAACCCCUUGAACGCCUUCAUUCAUGCAGCCUUUGCCAUGAAUGCUUAUUAUCAGGAGCAACACCAGUGUUUUGGUAACUCUGGACUCAUAUCUAUUACUGAUCCAAGCUAUGGGAACUGUCAUUUUGCAGGUAGAGAAGAGAAGGUUUCCUCUUCAGCAGCUCUGAAUACAUGGUGUGUGGCAAAGCCGACUGCCACUGACAAUUUGCUACAAUUGAACAUUGACUUCGCUUGUAGUCAUGUCAACUGUAGUGUCAUUGAACCCCGGUGGUGAAUGCCAAUUACAAGACACUAUGAUGAACCAUGCAUCUGUAGCCAUGAAUCUCUUCUACCAAUCUUCUGGCAGAACAGAUUCGAGUUGUUAUUUCAACUCGACCGGCAUGAAUGUGAUUAAAGAUCCAGGUUCUGGAAGUUGUGUCUAUAACGUUGCUGUCCCUGCGAGUCUCAGAACAAAGAAGAGGAAAUCUAAAGCUUCUGCAACAUUUAUUGGACUGAUGGUGCUGUGUUUGAUCAUUGGUUGUGUGCUGCUGGCAGGGGUUGUGUAUCUCAUCCUCAAGCUUCGUCAGACACCCACAAGAGCAGCAGCGGUGGAACCUCCUCCCAUGUACAGAUUGCAGGAGCAAACAGCAGCCACUCUUCCUUAGGGUUCAUAUCAUAUUAUGUUUGCAUAGUUUGAAAGGCUAAUAGUUU